CAUACCUCUUCAUUUGCAGGAUCAAAAUUAUCUGCAACAAAGUCACCGUCAAUGGCAAACCCCCAAUUCAUGUUUCUACCCGAAACCCUAAUCCCCAAUUCUCCCUCCUAAAUCACCACCUCCCAAUUUCCCCAAACAAUGUCUGAAAUUCCCCUAGAAUUGUGUCGCGAAAUACUCUCGCUAUUGCCCGCCGAGCCCCUCCUCCGCUUCAGGUGCGUGUGUAAGUCGUGGCGCGAAACAAUCGACGAUCCGAUUUUCAUCAGACUGCAUCUCGACCGUCAACUCCUCAACGCUCGAGACUCAUCCAACGGCGUCGGCCGCCUCAUCCUCAGAGGCGAUCUCGAUAACAGGUUCUACUCCUUACCAAUUGACUCCGUUAAUUCCGACACCGUCAAACCAACCCUUCUUAAACACACACCAACUCACGAAUGGACGAAUUCACCCCUGUCCUCGUGCAAUGGCGUAAUUCUGAUUUCUUACUCAAAGCGAAACUAUUUAUUAUGGAACCCACUAACCAGAGAUCUCCACAACUUGCCACCUGUCACUACAAUGAGCAAGAAAACUCGAGGUUUAUACCAUUCGGUGAGUGGGCUCGGUUACGAUUCCGCUUCUAACGACUUUAAAGUCGUGAAAAUCGCGCAAAUUUUCGAUCCGAGAGACAGAAGCCUUAAAUCGGAGACGAUGUUGUACAGUUUAAAGUCGGGUUCUUGGAGGAAAAUCAACGAUUUUCCUUAUCGGAUAUCGAGAUUGAGCGGUGCGGUUUUCUUGGAAGGCGCGUUGCAUUGGAUUUCGGGUACGUUGCCACUUAAACACACUGACGAUUUGAUUGUCGGUCUCGAUCUCAGCACCGGAGAGUAUCGUUUGCUGCCGUUGCCGUUUGAUGUCUAUGGAUACGAGAAGCCGUUGGCGAAGCAUUUGAGCGCGUUGGGUGGGUGUUUGAUUCUGUGUUGCUGUUCUCGGGUUGAACGUUUGGACGUUUGGUCGAUGGAGGAUUACGGGCUUGAAAACUCGUGGGUUAAGUUGUUUUCGGUUGGGGUUUCGGACUUUGUUGGUUUGGUCGUGACUUUGAGGCCUAUUGCUUAUUCGAAGCGCAGAGGCGAAGUUCUUCUGCAGCACGAUAAAAAGGAGUUCGUGUGGUUCGAUCUCGAGACCAAAUUGGUGAAGAAGAAGAUUCGUAUCCAUCGUCAACCGACCAUGUUUUCUUCUCUGUUUAGCGUGGCAAGCCUUGUUCGACUGAAUUCUCGGUAACAAUUAAUCUACCAAAUUGUUUCUUGGUACAGUAGAACCUCGAUAAAUUAAUACUUGUUAAAUUAAUAAUCUCGCUUAAAUAAUAAUUUAUUUCGACCCCGACUCGGUAAAAACGUACUAAAUCUUUAGUUUGAUAAUUUAAUAUUUCGCUAAAUUAAUAGAAUUUUGUAAGUUAAACCUCUAUAAAUUAAUAUAGUCGGGACUAUGGAAAUUCUAUUAAUUUAGCGAAUUAUUAAAUUAUCGAGUUAAUAAUUUAACACGUUCUCACCGAGUCGGGACCCAGAGAAACUAUUAUUUAAGCAAUGUUAUUAAUUCAUCAAGUUCUACUGUAUAUUCUAAGAUAAAUUGUUUGCUACCUUAUAUAUAAAUUUAAUGAAUUGCGGAGUGUAAGUUUGUGAUUUC